AUUGCUGCAGGCACGGUGGGAGCCCGGCUGCUGCUGCUGCCCGUGGUGCUGCGGGGUCAGCGCGAGGCCGCUCGCCUCGCCCGACACCUCCCCCACCUGCAGAGGCUCUCGCAGCGAUUGGCCGAGGCCAGGAGGGGGGCGGAUCCCAACCGGGUGGCCGUGGCCUAUUCGGAGUUGGCGUCGUACCAGCGGCUCCACGACGUGAAUCCACUCCGGGGUUUCCUGGUGCCCCUGGUGCAGACCCCCCUUUUCGUGUCGUUUUUCCUGGCCCUGCAGGGCAUGGCGGCGGCUCCGGUGCCGGGGUUGAGGCGGGGGGGGCUGGGCUGGUUCCCGGAUUUGGCCGCCCCCGACCCCCUGGGGCUCCUCCCCCUCCUCGUCACCGCCUCCACCUGGAUGGUGCUGGAGCUGGGGGCGGAGACCGGCGUGGCCGCCCCGGGGGCGGGGCCUGUGCGACAAAUCCUGAGGCUCCUCCCCCUCCUCUUCCUCCCCUUCAUCCUCCAUUUCCCCACCGCGGUCUUCACCUAUUGGCUGACGUCCAACAGCUUCAGCCUAUUACAGACGGGCUUGCUGCGAGUCCCCGCCCUCCGCGCCAAAUUAGGCGUGGCCCCGCCCCCCGGGCCGGCCCAGGCCACGCCCCCCGGCCCCGCCCCCGCCAAGAAGGAAGGGAUCCUAAAACAGCUGAAAAAAGAGUGGCGCGAGGCCCAGGCCACGCACGAGGCCCAGCAGCGCCAGUGGCGCCUCAAGAACCACCUGAACCUGGCGGCCAAAGGCCCGCUCCGCCAAACUUUCUCCCAAAACCCCCUCAGCCCUCCCGGGACCACUCCGGCCGCGCCCUCAGAGACGCCAAAACGCCCUUGGAAAAACACGUUGGGAUGAAAAGCGGGAGGGGAGGGACCCCAAAAAU